GGCCGAGGAACAGAGGCAUCGCAAAGUUCAUCAGACCCUCGCUCGCCAGCUCUGGUCGAGCAAGGGCGAGAAAAAUAACACUACUACUCUAUCCACUCCAGACUCUAGAGAGAGAGAAAAAAGAAAGAACAUAAAAGCCGCGGCUCGCCGGGCCUCCAUUCCGUUAAUUAUAGUCGUCGUCGUCGUAGAUCCCCCAUCCCGGAGCACCCCGGCCCUUCCGAUCCUCAAGAGCCACCGCCGCACGCCGCCCGAGGAUCAAUCCCGCCUCCUGCCACCGCCUCUAUACUCUCUCCGCCCGCCCCCGCGUUCGUCUUUGGCAAUCCGGAGUUUCCACCACUCUCUUUCUUGCUGCUUCUUAAUGCUGGUCCAGGGGAUGGUCGGCGGCGGCGUUUUCUGUUGUCCGGUGGCGGCGAUCCGUCGACGUAGCGGGAGGAGGAGCACCUGAGGAUGGCGUCGCUGCCGCCGUGUUCCCUUUGACCGAAAGGUGCCGCUCCUUUCCGGAAAGGGGGAAUUUGUUUCUGCGUUUCUGGCGACUUCCUUUGCGCCGAUUCCAUUCCUCGCGUCGCUAAAUCUCGCCGGGAUUUCUUCCCUUCCUCCUUGGACUCCCGGUCGCAGAUCCUUUUCCUCCCUGCCCGCUUGCCCAUUCUUGCUAUCUGCUUGUUCGGUCGCUCUGCAAUUGUCUGCAACCUUGGGUUCGAACUUGUUGCUGCUGAGGGGCUGUGAGUUUGCUGGUGGAGGGUGGUGAGGAGGAUCGCAUCUGGGAGAGGAUCUUGGUGGUUUGGUGGCGGACGGGAUGGCCUCGAGAUCCUACUCCAACCUCAUGGAGCUCGCCGCCGGCGGUGACCGCGACCAGCCGACGCUGCCGUCGCUCGGGCAGCGACGGGUGCCGCGGGUGGUGACGGCGUCUGGCAUUGUGCCCGGCCUCCACUGCUUCGACGACGACGCUGGCACCGCCUCGGUGGCCUCCGACCAGCCAAACCAGGCGCCGCGGGAGCGCACCAUCAUCGUGGCCAAUCAACUUCCCAUCCGCGCCACCCGCGGCGCCGACGGCGCCUGGGAGUUCUCGUGGGACGAGGACAGCCUCCUGCGGCAGCUCAAGGAGAGCAUGCGCGGGCACCAGGGCCGCGUCGACAUGGACUUCGUCUACAUCGGCAGCCUGCGCGACGACAUCCCGGCGGAGGAGCAGGAGAAGGUCGCGGCCGAGCUCUACGAUCGCUUCCGCUGCGUGCCCGCGUUCCUGGCCGCCGACCUCCGCUCCCGCUUCUACCACGGCUUCUGCAAGCAGCAGCUGUGGCCACUGUUCCAUUACAUGCUGCCACUGUCGCCCGAGCUCGGCGGCCGCUUUGACCGCACGCUGUGGCAGGCCUACGUGUCCGUCAACAAGAUCUUCGCCGACAAGAUCCUGGAGGUGAUCAACCCCGAGGAGGACUUCGUGUGGGUGCACGACUACCAUCUCAUGGUCCUGCCCACCUUCCUGCGCAAGCGCUUCAACCGGGUCAGGCUGGGCUUCUUCCUGCACAGCCCCUUCCCAUCAUCGGAGAUCUACAAGACUCUGCCGGUCCGCGAGGAGCUGCUCCGGGCGCUGCUGAAUGCCGAUCUGAUUGGGUUCCACACAUUUGAUUAUGCCAGACAUUUCCUAUCAUGCUGCAGCAGGAUGCUUGGGCUCAAGUACGAGUCGCAGAGGGGAUACAUUGCACUGGACUAUUACGGACGAACUGUCACCAUCAAGAUACUGCCUGUGGGGAUACAUUUAGUGCAGCUGCAGUCGGUGCUCAACCUCCCGGAGACUGGGCUCAAGGUCGCCGAGCUUAUGAAGCAGUUCUGUGGUCGGGGCCGCAUCUUGAUGCUUGGCGUGGACGACAUGGACAUCUUCAAAGGUAUCAGUCUGAAGCUUUUGGCAUUUGAGCAGCUGUUGGUGCAGCAUCCAGAGUGGCGAGGGAAGCUGGUGCUGGUGCAGAUUGCCAAUCCGGCGAGGGGGCGGGGAAAGGAUGUGAAGGAUGUACAGGAUGAGAGCUAUGCGAUGGUGAGGCGCAUCAAUGAGGCAUUUGGGCAGCCAGAUUACCAGCCAGUUAUACUGAUCGACAGGCCACUGCACUUCUAUGAGAGAAUGGCAUACUAUGUUGUCGCUGAGUGCUGUUUGGUGACCGCAGUGAGGGAUGGCAUGAAUCUUAUACCCUAUGAGUACAUCAUUGCUAGGCAAGGGAAUGACAAGAUUGACAGGAUCCUGGGUCUCAGCCCUUCCACAAAGAAGAAAAGCAUGCUUGUCGUGUCGGAGUUCAUUGGCUGCUCACCCUCCCUGAGUGGCGCGAUUCGGGUGAACCCUUGGAACAUUGAUUCAGUGACUGAGGCAAUGGAGAAGGCCUUGUCCAUAUCUGACUGUGAGAAGGUGCUGAGGCACGAGAAGCAUCACAAAUUUGUGAGCACACAUGAUGUCGGAUACUGGGCAAACAGCUUCCUGCAGGAUCUGUUGAGGAGUUGCCAAGACCAUAACAAGAGGCGCUGUUGGGGCAUAGGAUUUGGGCUAAGGUUCAGGGUUGUGGCCCUUGAUACGAGCUUCAAGAAGCUCGCGGCUGAGCAGCUUGUCUCAGCCUACCGGAAGGCAACCACGCGUGCCAUUCUCUUGGACUAUGAUGGUACGCUGAUGCCUCAGACAUCGUUCGGUAAGAAUCCGGGCUCCAAAACGAUAGACAUGUUGAACAGCCUUUGUCGCGAUGAGAAGAACAUGGUCUUAAUCGCAAGCACAAAGACCCGGGCGACCUUAAGUGAAUGGUUCUCACCAUGCGAGGACCUAGGCCUUGCUGCUGAGCAUGGCUACUUCCUCAGGCUGAAAAGAGAUGCAGAAUGGGAGACAUGCGGCAUUGCAACAGACUGCAGCUGGAAGCAGAUCGCGGAGCCUGUGAUGAAAACCUACACCGAGACAACGGACGGGUCAGUCAUCGAGGACAAGGAGACAGCAAUCGUCUGGUGCUACAAGGACGCCGACCCUGAUUUUGGAUCUUGCCAAGCCAAGGAGCUCCAUGAACACCUGGAGAGUGUCCUUUCCAACGAGCCGGUAUCGGUCAAAGCUGACGUGAACCAUGUUGAGGUGAAGCCACAGGGCGUGAGCAAGGGCCUGGUGGCGAAGCGGAUGCUGUCGGCGAUGCAGGCGCGAGGGCUCCUGCCCGACUUCAUCCUGUGCAUCGGGGACGACCGCUCCGACGAGGACAUGUUCGAGGUGAUCACCACCGCCGUGGACGGCCCCUACCUGAACCCUGAGGCAAAGGUCUUCGCCUGCACCGUCGGCCGCAAGCCCAGCAAGGCCAAGUACUACCUGGACGACACCGCGGACAUCGUGCGGCUGAUCCAGGCCCUCGCCAACGUCUCCGACGAGGUGCAGGGCGGCCCUCCUUCCUAUUUCUUCGCCUGCGCCGGCACCAGCACCGACGACAGGGCGCUGAAUUGAGGGGGAAAGCCGGCAAAGAAGACCAGCACCAGCACAGCCCCGGCCUGAAUAAGACCGCGCUUCAGGAAAUACCCUAGGACUAAUGGACCGUGCCGUCGGCUCGCAUAAUCGUGUGCUGUGCUUUAGUAUUAGUAGUAGUAGUGGUCGGUCGUCGUUGUCGUGGUGGUGUUGUUGUUUCGCCGUUGUGUACAUAGACUCCGUUGAACUUGGUUUAAUUGCCGACUAAAUUUGCAGCCACCAGCUAAAUUAGCCGAUGUUUUCCUUUAAA